ACAACGUCUGGGUGGGGAAAAAAGGAUAAAUACUUGGGAACGCUCCUCGAAGCCACAGUCUUAGGUGAAGUAUGUGGUAUACAAAAAGUCGAGUAAGAAUAUAGAGCAUUUACGUUUGUUGUUGAAUUGAUGUCAAAAGACCAGAGCAGCUUGCAUUUCUUCAUGUUCGAGUUGUAUGCGAGCGGUCUGCGACCUUGCGCAGCGGUGACAUGUAUUCACUAAACGCUGAUGAAGCAACAAUUACGUUGAGGCUGAGCUUUGGUACAAGUUGGGUUGAGUUGAGUUGAAAUGGCGCGUGCUGACCUGAUCGAAUAAUCGUCUCUAGCUGUUCUGGAAAAUGAUGAUUGAAAAGCACCACGGCUAAUUGCAUCAUUGCAACUACCCCGCCAACUAACUACUAUCUAUCUAUCCGCCCCUCCUACAGCCCCAAACCCGAUCUCGCUGUGCUCGCAUCUGAUGUCGCAACUAAUGCCCGGCAGUAUGCGGCAGCCACCAUGAGGCCACUUCUUAGGAGUUUGAGUCUCUUCGCCCGAUCUUUAUCAUCUACAUCACCAAGUCCAACACUCAGGCCCAUAGCCCGUACAAUGGCGACAUCCCCUUCCGCCGUGCUGCGACAGCCCGUGAAGCUGGCCUGCGUCCAACUCGCCAGCGGUCCUGACAAAGCUGCAAACCUCGAGCAUGCUCGUGAAAAGGUCCUCGAGGCCGCCCAGGGCGGCGCCAAGAUCAUCGUGCUGCCUGAAUGCUUCAACUCUCCCUACGGCUGCGACUACUUUCCAUCGUAUGCCGAAACGCUCCUCCCGAGCCCACCGUCCAAGGACCAGUCGCCCUCGUACCACGCGCUGUCUGCCCUGGCCGCCGAGAGCAAGACGUACCUCGUGGGUGGCUCGAUCCCAGAGGCCGAUCCUGAUCCCGAGUCCAAGAAAUAUUACAACACCUCGUUGACGUUCGCCCCGGACGGCAAGCUGCUUGCUAGCCACCGUAAGGUGCACUUGUUCGACAUCGACAUCCCCGGUGGGAUCACGUUCCGCGAGAGCGAUGUCCUGUCUCCUGGUAACAAGGUAACCAUUGUCGACCUUCCAGACUAUGGCAAGAUUGCGAUUGCGAUCUGCUACGAUAUUCGCUUCCCGGAGCUCGCAACCAUUGCCGCGCGAAAGGGCUGUUUUGCCCUUGUAUACCCCGGCGCGUUCAACACAACAACAGGGCCGCUACACUGGAGCCUGCAGGCACAAGCCCGGGCCAUGGACAAUCAGAUUUACGUCGCUCUGUGCAGUCCUGCUCGCGACACGACCGCAACCUAUCACGCGUGGGGCCACAGUCUGAUUGCGGAUCCCAUGGCCAAGAUCGUGGUCGAGACGGAUGAGAAGGAGAGCAUCGUAAGCUGGGAAAUUGAUCCGAAAAAGAUUGAAGAGACGAGAAGAAACAUCCCACUCUCCACACAGAGAAGGUUUGAUGUAUAUCCAGACAUCAGCGCUGGAAAGGUGCAGUUGGAUGAGUUGGAUGUGCCGAAAGAGUAAUCUAGAUUUGUAAUGAAAUACAUUUCUGUGAAAGCUGUGGUAGGAAAUGUGCCCUGAAGCAGGAGAAGUGGUUAGACCCAAUAAUCGUCAGUAUCAGAAAGUCAGCCAUGGUCAUUCUACAGGCACACAAGUGCCAUGCUUAACUUGACAUCCUACUCAGACCAUUC